AUGUUCUUUGCUAAUCGUAGCAAGAAGAGUCCUGAGAGAGGUCAUGGGCUUCGUCUAGCUUUGGCUCUUUACGGGGCACCCAAAGAUGUGCGCAUGAGCGAUAAACCUGCAAUUGAGCUCGUCCAAAGCUAUCGAGCAAAAAUGUAUGCUGAAGCCACCAAUUCUAAAAAAGUCGAUCUUGCACACAUAAUCCCGACUGCCAAUGCGUUAACCGAGCAUAUCAAGCGUGUCUAUUUCCAACUACAGGCUUGGUAUGGUUCACAAGGCCAAGACGUGACCUUAGAUCCGUUGGAAUGGGAAUUGAUGGAUGAAGAGCUCAGUCCUGUCACCAUGACCCAGGAAGCCGGCCCCGAAGAAAUUUUAAGCAACAUUUCUUGUUAUUGUGAAACCCACUGUGGCACAAGGUGCGGGUCUACUUCGGGUUGGAGUGCUCACGUGCAUGCAAGUAUUGCGAUAGCAAUUGCUCAAACCAAAAAGGCACUUCUAACGGAGUCAAGAAUAGUGACGAGGAAGAAGAUGAAGAAGGGGAAUAAGAUAAAGAAGGAGAAGAAGAUGAAGAAGGAGAAGAAGAUGAAGAAGGAGAAGAAGAUGAAGAAGAAGAAAAAGAAGAAGAAUAAGAAGAAGAAGAAGAAGAAGAAGAAGAAGAAGAAGAAGAAGAAGAAGAAGAAGAAGAAGAAGAAGAAGAAGAAAAAUAAGAAGAAAAAGAAGAAGAAAAAGAAGAAGAAGAAGAAGACGAAGAAGAAAAAGAAGAAGAAGAAGAAGAACAAGAAGAAACAAAAGUAA